AUGGCCUCAGGAGACCAAUUUGUUAACAUCGACUUGCACCCAGCUGGGGCUACAAGAGAGCAGGCAAGAAGACAGCGCAUCGUGAAGUAUUCCGUGCAGGGUAACAAAACCAAGAGAAGUUGCUACCCAAUCGUCAUCUGCAUCUUGGUUAUUAUCAUUGCCCUUCUUGGAUUUUUCAUUGGUUUCCUAUUAAUCCGCCCAGGUAUGAUCGGAAUGCCAUGCUCAACUCAGGUCAAGUCUCCCCAGGCUUCCUCUCCAGUUCAUCUUCAGACCUUCAGUCGUCCAUUUCACAACACCACAACGACUACGCAAUUGACCACGAAGACAAUUCCCAAGACUCAAGCCACAGCCACAGGUCCGCCAAGUGGCAUUGAUCCUGUGGCAAUCGCGACUUGCCUCGGUGUUUUGGAAAAUGCCUGCGCAACGAAUGAUUCACAAACAACCUUCAGCCAAUGCGAUUCAUUGUUUGUGUUCUUCUAUUGUGACUUGACCGACAUGAUGGUGUUUAGAGGUGCAAUGAAGCCCGAUGCUGAUGGAAUGAGUCCAGUCUGCCAGCCAAUGAAGAAGUUUUGUUCGAGAGCUAUCCCAUUGAACAGAAUUCCCCUUGCAGAUGUUAGUCCUUGA